AUGGACAACAGAAGCUAUACCGCUCGCCAGUAUGAUCCGCGCGCACGUGACUAUGUGACUAGUACGGUUCACAGCCAAGGGCCAGAUCUGGCUACGCUAGAUACCUUGGUAAGAAGUAACCGCUUUCAGAAUGUAUUGGAUUUAGGAUGCGGUGGUGGACACGUUAGUUAUUGUGUAGCCCCUCAUGCGGGCCAAGUGGUGGCGUGCGACGUUGCGCAAGAAAUGCUUACCAGCGUGCAACAAGAAGCAGAAGAACGCGGAUUGACAAACAUCUCUUUCGUACAAUCUUGUGCGGAAAAGCUACCGUUUGCAGACGGCCAUUUUGAUGCAAUUUUUUGUCGGUUUACAACCCAUCAUUGGGACAACGCAUUGGCUGGAUUACAGGAGGCGCGAAGAGUUUUGAAACCUGCUGGAAUAGCUGUUUUCAUCGAUGUGACAGCACCGAGAUCGCCGCUUUUCGACACUUGGCUCCAGACUUUGGAAUUGCUGCGGGACGUUUCUCACACUCGCGACUUUUCCGUCGCAGAAUGGGCUACAUUAUUGGCCAAUGCAGGUUUCAAUAUCCGCAAUACAGGCACACAUCGCUUGCGGAUGGAAUUUGAAAGUUGGAUUGCACGGACCAAGACCCCUGCGGAACGAGUUACAGCUAUACGGUCUUUGCAAAAUUGUGCUCCAUCCGAUGUUGUGAAUUAUUUCGACAUUGAAAGUGAUGGAAGCUUUACAAUCGACGUAACCACAUUUACUACAGGACACCAUAAAUAA